GACGCCCACCCUUCUACUCCCCCGCACACGCAGACCUUGCUACAUCGACCUCACGUAUCGCUUACACUAACUAAGCUCGUGUGAGAAGGAGUUUCGAAUGUUUCCUGUCCCUGCGUGGAAUCGCUUAUAUUUUGACACGCCGUAGCCCUGUCUGGGUCUGCAAUGAGAGAGUACAAGAUUGUGGUGUUGGGAAGUGGAGGCGUUGGUAAAAGCGCCCUGACUGUACAGUUUGUCCAGGGCAUCUUCGUGGAGAAAUAUGAUCCCACUAUUGAAGACAGUUAUAGGAAGCAAGUGGAAGUGGACGGGCAACAGUGCAUGCUGGAAAUUUUGGAUACCGCUGGAACGGAGCAAUUUACAGCUAUGCGCGACCUGUACAUGAAGAAUGGACAAGGUUUUGUGCUUGUUUACUCCAUCACGGCCCAAUCAACCUUCAAUGACCUCCAGGACCUCAGGGAGCAGAUCCUCAGAGUCAAGGACAUGGAUGAUGUGCCAAUGAUUCUCGUCGGAAACAAGUGCGAUUUGGAAGAUGAGCGGGUGGUCGGGAAGGACCAGGGAGCGAACUUAGCCCGCUCCUUCAACAACUGCGCUUUCCUCGAGAGUUCAGCCAAGGCCAAAAUCAACGUCAACGAGAUCUUCUAUGACCUUGUACGGCAGAUCAACCGUAAGAACCCUGAGAAGAAGCCAAACACCAAAAAGAAGUCCAAGUGUGUACUAUUGUAGAGAAGCAUGCUGCAACCGACCUCCUCCAGCACCAAGGCUGACAGAUGUCCCAACUCCUGGUUGCAACGUGCCCGCGAUAUGAGGCCUUCGGACAACGGGCAGCGAGGAAUCGAGGCAUCCGCAACUCUUGAAGCUCGCCAAGCCCCCGUCUGCACGCACUCACUCGAUUGCAAACUCUGUUUGUUGUCUUUUUCUUUUAUUAUUCCCCCGCGCAGUCGUACUCUGUAAACACUUGUCUGCCGUCACACACACACACACUGUCUGACCGAUAACCUUAUGGGGGUGCAGAAACUUGUCUUCUAUCAAUUCCCUGAACCCAAACCUCGUUCUUCAAGCACAUCCCCUCUCCGCACUUCUAGUGCCACUACCGCUACUACUACCACCGCUGGUAUUCUUGUAAACCCCACGAAUUCCCCGGGCAUCUAAACCGAAGCUCUCUCCUCCAGGAAAAGGAAAAACUGAAAUAUUGCCAAACUCUGCUCACAUUCACAUUGUUGCUCGGCGUCUGUAAGCGUUUAUCUCAAGGCCGGCGGCACACUCCGAAAACCUGCACGGCAUUGCUUUCUGUUGUCACGUCAGGUCUUCCGGUCAAAUGUGCCUCUCUCGUCUCGUGCCGCGUCACGGUCUCUUAUUCCAAUUCUUGAAAAUCUGCCCGACCCCCAUCCCGUCUUCAAUUCUGAAAACUACUGAAGACUGUCAACGAUGUAUGUCGACACUUCGUCGAGAAAAGCUUCCAUCGUUUCGUUUGCGAGUUGUCUUCCCCGGGAAGCUCUCUUGGUUUCUCUGCUGCCGGCUUCCGCAGAUAUCUUGCGUUUUACACGAGGCAGUGCCCUUUAAAGCUGCUUCUGGUUCAUGCAGAACCAACAUUUUUGUGUUGCAUCCACAAAACAUGGCCUCAUAAUUACGUGUGAUGCUUAUAGUGUUCUUUAUGCAGGCUGUGAGGAGGAAGUGGUGCAUUUGUUUAGCUCAUAUUUUUCACCGAAAAAAGACAAGUUGCGUUUCUUGUUUUUUUUUUUUCUUUGUUUCCUGCACCAAUCGAAACCUGGCUGCAUUUCGAGCAUCGUGUCGGCCCAACUAAUGGAAAUGUCAGUUGGCGAUAUGUACAUAAGAGGAGCAAUCUUGGAAGCGAUCCACGGCAUAGUUUAUGGAGGAGCACAUGGAGUGCACAUUGCCAUCUUCUUUUUUUUUUUAGUGGUAUGACUUUUUUGUGGACUUGAUAGCAGGAUGUCUUUUUUUUCCCUCUAUUUAUUAAUUCAGUUCUUUCUGUUCACUUUUUUGAUGUACGUCAUUUAGGCACGCUUGGUCUUGCAUGUUUAUCGAAUGAGCCCCACCUCCCGCUCCUUUUUUUUACUCUUCCCCAAGCCAGUUUUUAUAUUUUAGCCACUUUGUUUUUUUCUUGCGAGAGUGUUAUCGUCACAUGCAAGGUCUGUUAGGUGCAAUCCUGAGGAAUGCUUAUUUUUUAGCCUUGCAUGUUCAGCCGUACAAGGUACCCCCUUGCAAUUGUUUUUUUUUUUUUUAUCUGGCUAUGAGAAACUAACUGCGAGCGUCAAAUUGGAUUGUACUUAUGGUGCUACAGAUUUGAUUGUAGGAUUGAGAAAAAGCUCCAUAUGUGCGCAGAUAUAAAUAAACUUUUUAAUCAGUCA